AUGGGCAUAAGGGGCGCUUUUGGGUGUUUGCAUGUUCUACGCAAAGAUGAUAGUGGGCUACCCCGCAUGGCCUUCCUUGAAGAAUUGACCAGCUUCGGUACCGAAAGGCUUGGCUGCACUUUCAAGGGAACACAAUUGUCUGAUCCUCAACGAUUGAAGAUUGUAUCAUUUCAGGGGAGCAGUCCGAAGGGUAAACCGACUACACGAGUAGUACCUAGUUUCCUAAGCAGGAAAUUGAUGCUCAUCCAAUCUUCAAUGGGUUUCAAUGAUGAGUUGGUGCAAAUUGAUGUCGGUAUCGGUGGAUCACCCGAGAACAGGACGUUGACAGGAGUCGUUGACGUUUAA